CGUAUAACUAACGUGAGGAACUUACCCGUUAUCCACCAAUCAGUAAAAUAUUUGAUAUGCACAAUACAUUCUCCGCUGGAUUAUAUGCUCAAAGGUUUAACUGACCGAAAUUACCCCCCCCCACUUCACGGUUGAUCAAACGAUGUAAAUAAAUAGCCGCCUUAAAUGGCACGUAUGUAUAUAAGGUUGUAAAUGAAAAUUACAAAUAUUAAACUUUGCAGUUAUAAAUAAAUUUCUGCUGUAAUAAAGUGCGACAAAGCACGAUACAUAAGUAGCGCAAUAAUGCUGAGAAUGCUUCACAAAAUAAUAAUUCACCGAUUCAAAUUUUAAUAAUGCCUAAAAACGAGUUAAUUAAAGAUAAACCAAUUAUCUUUAAUUGACCACAUUCUCUAUACUGUGACAUGUCGACACCACAGAAAAACAUGUUUUGCCUAAAUUUCAUGCAUAUCGACCGCAAAAUGCCGAAAUUUGGGCAUGGCGACAAAAUUUGUCGUCGAAACCUUAGUCCCCAUAUUGCGACAUGUCGACAACACAGAAAAACAUGUUUUGCCCAAAGUUCAUGCAAAUCGCCCAAAAAAUGCCGAAAUUAGGUCAUGGCGACGCUUUUCGACAGGAUAUCGACAAAGUGGGCAAACCCCAUUAAUUGGGUGUCACCCCCUACCCCUGAAGAACAUGUGUUAAAAAUUUCAGGUCGCUGCGACAAACCGUUCUAGAGUUUUAGUAUUGACCGACAGACGGACGGACAGACGAACUAACCGAUCGCAUAAAGUAGCUUGCGCUACUUAAUAAAGAUUGGUUGUAUGGUAUAUUACUCUGAUAACAUGCUGGUAUAAAACCAUUCUCACUCUUAAUCGCCUGACUUGUGCCUCAUAAUCAGCGAAAUCAGUUACAAGUUAAAAAUAAUUCGCAAACUAAAUUCCCUCCUGAGAUACGUACAUAUUUGGUAAACAUGCGUUUAGCAUACUUCUGGUUGAUUUUGCUAAUGCAAAUCAUGCUACUCGAAUAUGUAGCAGGAUUUCGAAGAAACAGCAAAUUCCGUCAGAGAAACGGCCUUCGCACAACCAAAGCGAUAAUUAGAAAUCAAAGCGAGCUAGAAAAAGUAUGUUCCGAUGAUAUGGGAGUAAUUGCUAACAAAGUUAACCCGAAAGUUAAAGUUGGCCAUGCUCGCAAAACAAAACAGGAGGAUAGAGAAGCGUUAAGAAAGGACCCAAAUGUCAAGAAAUUCAUUAAGAAAUUCUCCGAAAUGACAAUUUGCACUGGAACGUCUAAAGAAGAAAAUUGCAAGAAAGUGAAAGAAACAGAACGUGUAAAAAAUUGGGCUUACAAAGGAAAUCAGGAUGGUGGACAAAAUUCGGUUUUUAACCAACAUAAUAAACGAGUACGGGACGAAUCAUCGGCAAAUGACCCGUGCGCCGAAAUAUAUUCCAAAUUCCCAAAAACUAUGCCUUCUCGGGAUCCGACCGCGCCUGAGGGACUCCUUUCUGUAAAAAAAACACUCACGAACAAUUAGAAUAUGUUGCAUUUGAGGUUACUCGUGAAGACGUGCAGAAUAAAACAAACGGGAGAAGAAGUCGUGGAUCCGCAAUUUCUAACAAGGUUACAAAACACAUUAAAACAAGUAUGUUAGCAGGAAAGGAUGCUCGUGGCCAUAUAACCUGCUUCUCUACUUGCAAAAAAUGGAGAACUUAAUGGCCAGAUCGACAAUUUUUUUGCGCAAGACAGAAGCAUAAAUACUGCGUGGGGAUCAAGAGAAAAAGAUAUAGUAAGGUUUUUAGAAGACAAUGAGAGUUCAAAAGUAGUAAUGGAAUAUUACUUUGAAUAUUUGCCACAAAACAGAAUCGAAGAAUCUGAAAAUCAUCGUCCUGACGUAAUUAACAUUAAAGUCACGUUUCAGGGUCCGAACCCAGAGAGUGGUAAACAAAAAGAGGAAGUGGGCUUUAUCUCUAUGAGUAAUGGAGACCACAGUAAAGAACGACGAAUGAAGAAUCCUUGUAAGCCGGUUGCGAAAAGUGGUGUUACGGCUACAAAUGAAAAAAAGCGGUGGGGAAGAGGUCGAAAGAGGUCAGAAAAGGUUAAAAGGGUGUUAGUAAAAAAAUGCAUAGUGAUUCAUAUCGUUUGGACUGGUGGUGAUCAAAUAAUUAAUGUUAUUUAAAUUGUAUUCACCCAUUCAAAUAUACAUAUUUAUAUAAAUUGGCACAGUUUCAUUAAUCCAAUUUGCGUAGUUUGUUUAUGAUCCUGAUUUGUGUAAAAUUCGAUCUUACUUAUCUCUCUGCAAUUAAAUUUGAUGCCGCAUUAAAUGCCUAAGAUUUGAUAAGUUAUCAAUGAUAACUGAGUCAUAAUGCAAAAUAAUAAAAGCGUUAUUAUCCUUAAAGUA